ACAUUGUCAUUCAAAUUGUCUUCCGCCAUCCGUAUUCCGUGGAUUUAUUCCGUAUUGUCUGGAAAUGUCAUUGUUUCAAAAUAAUUUAUAGCUUUAUUUUAACUUGAGUCUGUAAUCAAGUUUAGAAAUAAUAUAAAACAACAUAACAUUUACAGUAAAAAUAGUUUUUCCCUCAUUAAUUACCGUAGACAAUGUGUAACUGUAAAAUCCGUGAUACGCACUGUGAAUUCAAAGUAAAGUGUAAAUAAUUCAACUUGGACUUGUUACAUUGAUGUGGCAUGCUGUCAGAGGCAACUAUGGAGAACCGUCACGGACCCCCAGGAGUCAACUCCAGGUCGCUGAGCGCCGCCCACUCGGCUGCUGACCUAGAGGUGCUUCGAGAAAUUGAAAAUGUCUACUUCCAACCGUCUUCGGAAUUCGAUGCAGGCCGAUACGUGCUAGAACAUGCCCCGACGACGUCCUGUGACGAGAUCGAACAGGUCUUCACCAAGUUGAAGAGGCAGCAACAGGUUGUAUCAGGCAAAGCUUUGCACCUCAUAUCCCAACAGCGAGACAACUGCGACAAAGAAUUCAAAGAGAUACAAAACAUUCGCGAACAACUCACAACAACUCUUCAGACAUGUCAGAAAGCCCGUGAACAACUCAGGGCAGCCUCGAACCACUUGACAAUAUCAACAUUCGUUAUCUUAGCAAACUUUCGUAAACGCCAAAUCAUUCGAUCCGUUCUAAAGUCUCUCGAAUUACUCCGCAGUUUGAGAAGCGUAGAAACUGAUGUCGCUGAACUGCUUCUCAAAAAAGAAUACUAUGGAGCUAUUGAGCUUAUUUUGAAAAGCAAAAAAGCAGCUAGUAGCCACAAGGAGUACACUUGCAUAGCUGACCUGGCAACACGCCUUCAGGACACUUUAGACAUGACAGAGGAAAAGCUAGACGCGAUCCUAGCAAGCAUCUGUUACAGAUUCGAUGAAAUCAUUUUCAGGAAGCUAAGAAAAGCUUACGCCUUGCUCGGAAAGACGCAAGCGGCUAUGGAACAACUACACAUGCAUUAUUCUUCAGCGGUCAAUGAAUCAUCGAUUGAAGCUGUAAAGAAUUAUGUAGGUGAUACGAUCGAUAUGAAAUUUCAAGAUAUGUGCAUGUCUGUACAGCCAACGAAAGCUCCAAUUUGCCUUUUGAACUUAUGCGAGAAUCUAUUCUUAAUUAUGAAGAGCUAUUAUCUUUUAGUUGACUGGCAUGCGAAGUAUGAUGGCGAGGAAUCGAUUCCGAUAUCGAAUAAUGUUUUUGAGAUCGAGAAGAACGUUAGUAGGGAAUAUAUUCGGCAGAAAUUAAACGCUGGGCUGGUUAGGAUAUGGCAUGAUGUUCAAGCGAAAGUUUCGACGUUUCUAAAGAGUUCUGGGUUAGAAGAGUAUCCAUUCGAAAAGUUUAUUCAGAUGUUAGGGAUUUUGCGUAAGUUAACACAAGUUGCCGAAGUGUUUUGCGGUGAUAAAUCUGAUUUGUUACAGGAUUUUAUUAAAACUCAAAGUGUGUUAUACAUAAAGAAUUAUCAUAAAGGCAGAAUGGAGGAAUUGAAAUUGUUUUUGGAAAAUGAGGGUUGGGAACAGUGUCCUGUCAAAUCAACAUUCAAUUUGCUCAAUUUGCAGGAGUUUAAACAAUUUAAAAAGUACCUGAGUGUUAGGUCUGAUACGUCAUUGGUUAAAACUCAGUCUGACGGCGCGUCCUCAGUCCAUUCUCAAGACGACAGCGUGUAUAUAUCAAAAUAUUUCAAGCAAAAUACGAGCCAUACGCCAUUCGAGAUUUUCCGAUGCGAAAAUAUUACGAAUGACGAUAUUUUCGGUUUAGAACCCGAAUUAGUGAGCGACGAUUCAGACGAUGAACCGGAAGAGUUGAAACGAGAUUUCGUCGACGAAAACGAUCGAUUACCCAACGAGAGUCCCAGUAAAGUGAAGGACAGUGUUAUAGUCACGAAUACAACACUAUCUGUGUUACGCCACUGCGGGCAGUACCUCCAGAUCUGCAGGUACCUACCCCAAAUAUCUUUAGAAGUCGUGAUGUUAAUGAAUCAGCUCUUCGACUACUAUUUUUUCACUGCACACCUAUUCUUCACAGUAGAUUUAAAUGUCGCAUCGACUACUCUCUACACUCCAAAAUUGAACUCUGUUUUAAAGAGGAUAAGGAAUAAUAUUGAUGUGGCGAAUGCAGGGGAUGUCGAUAAAAUCCCAUGUCCUGAUCCCCCGCAACAUUUGAACUUGGGGAUUGAGGAAUCUCUUCAUGGACUCUCUGAGAGAAUAGUCGCUGUUGAAAGUGUAAUAUUCUUGGCGAAACAAUACGAAAUAUUACAACCAUAUUUGGAAUCUAUAGUUUCUUCGCACCAGCGAAUGAUCUUGGAGUAUUUUAAGGAUAAUACCUUAGCUGUCGUUCAGGAUUUAAGGAUACCUGUUUACAUGUGUUCGGCGUCCAAAGCUGUAGAUGCCCGCACUGCUUUAAUAGCCAUGUCCCAAGUAAAAUGGGAUGUCAAAAACGUCGCGGUUGAACACAGCGCGUACGUAGACAUGAUUAUAAGGAAAAUCCAAGUUUUCGCCCUAAGAUUAGAGAAUAUAGCUACCAAAGUGACUUUAAAUUCCGAAAUUUUGAAUUCAAUUUGGAGCACACUCUCCAAAUUCAUUGUUCACUUAUUAGUCGAGGGUUUUUCAAAUGCAACAAAAUGCUCGAAUGGGGGUAGGGGGCUGAUGCAGCUAGACUACAGACAGUUAUUUCUGAAAUUGGAGAAGAUUUCUGGUCUGAAACCGGUACCUUUUCAGGACUACGUUGAUAAGUAUGUGAAAGCAUAUUAUUUGCCGCGGAAAGGCCUUGAAGAGUUUGUUCUAGAACGAGUGGAGUACUCCAAUAAGCACUUGAUGGCUCUUGUCACUUGUGCCUGUGAAAACAAGAAGGAUAGACAAGCACUUUCUGCUAUUAUCGAAAGCAGGGAUUCGGCUGUCUGAGAUAUUAAAAAAUAAUAAUGUUUUUGCUAUCUCCCUCGCUCU